AUUUUGUGUGAUUUUUUUUUCAUCUCCAUUAAAUCCACAUUUUUUCUUUUCCACGUUAACUCUGAUGGCUGUAAAAAUGUCUUUCGGGAGUGCGUGAAAAACUUGUGUUGAACCAUUGGAAACAAAUUAUUGUUGCAGCAAUAAAAUUUUAGGCAUAUAAGAUACAAUUAUUGUAGUGUUUGUGGGGUGUGAAGAGCUGCGGAGUAAUGAUAAUUGCCCAUGAGGAGUGCGUGUAAAGUCUCCAUCCUCAUCUGUGUUACAUAAUUCCGACAUCAUCCUGACGGUGGAACCAGCAUCUCACAUCCGAUGGCGAGCCAUUGGGGUGUCGUGUGAAAAAAUGUGAUAAUGUGCUUCAAGUGAAAUCACGAGAGAGUCUUCCAUUUUCGACGACUGAGAAACGCUUUUGGAGUCUUGAGCUCGCGCAACGGCGAAAAUCCAACAGAGCGACCAACUUUUUUUCUGGCAUUGAAAGCAGCAAAAAUCAAUAGGGAUGUCGUUCCUCAAUCAAUUGCGCUCCGUGCCACUUCCGCCAUUGAAGAACGUCCUGAACGUGGCCAUGCAGACGGCACGCCAGCAGGUUCCCGAUCCCAACAAGAGGGCCGAUUACCAGCAGCCCGGCCAGGCCCACGGAGGCGCCCCUCCGCCCAUCCCGGCGCGCCCACAGAGCGUCCGCUUUGCCGACAGUGAGGAUGUCGGGGAGACACACGAGAUGAAUCCCUUCGGGAAUCCGCGUGAUUUUGUGCAGAACGGCGGCACGGAGGGCGGCGGCGGCGGAGGCUACAAUCCGUUCACGCAGACGGCCGACACGUCCUUCACCGGAGACUACGAGGGCGGCUACCAGCAGGACGGCGGCUUCGGGCGCCAGGGCAGCGUGGGCGGCUCCUCGGAGAGCUCGUUCGCGUGCGAAGGCGAGUGCAGGUCCGACGUGAAGAUCAACGAGUUCCAGGCCGCGUGGAAUGUCACCAACGCCAUCCAGGGCAUGUUCAUCGUGUCGCUGCCUUUCGCCGUCCUGCGCGGCGGCUACUGGGCCAUCGUGGCCAUGGUUGGCGUGGCUCACAUUUGCUGCUACACUGGGAAGAUCCUGGUGCAGUGCCUCUACGAGCCGGAUCCGCAGACCGGAGAGCCCGUGCGGGUGCGCGACAGCUACGUGGGCAUCGCGAAGGUGUGCUUCGGGCCGAAGUACGGCGCCAGGGCGGUGAAUGUGGCGCAGAUCAUCGAGCUGCUGAUGACGUGCAUUCUGUAUGUGGUUGUGUGUGGGGAUCUCAUGGCUGGGUCCUUUCCCGAGGGUGCUCUCGACUCUCGCUCAUGGAUGAUGCUUGUGGGCAUCUUCCUGUUGCCGCUCGGCUUCCUCAAGUCCCUCCACAUGGUGUCGGUUCUCAGCUUCUGGUGCACAAUGUCCCAUCUCGUGAUCAAUGCCGUGAUCCUCGGCUACUGUCUGCUCGAGAUCUCCGAUUGGGGUUGGAGCAAGGUCAAAUGGAGCAUCGACAUGGAGAACUUCCCCAUUUCGCUGGGGGUCAUUGUCUUCUCCUACACAUCUCAGAUCUUUCUGCCCACGCUCGAGGGCAACAUGAUUGACCGGUCCAAGUUCAACUGGAUGCUGGACUGGUCUCACAUCGCGGCGGCGGCGUUCAAGUCCAUCUUCGGCUACCUUUGCUUCCUCACCUUCCAGAACGACACCCAGCAGGUCAUCACGAACAACCUGCACUCGGCGGGCUUCAAGGGCCUCGUGAACUUCUUCCUCGUGAUCAAGGCCGUGCUGAGCUAUCCGCUGCCCUUCUAUGCCGCCUGCGAGCUCCUCGAGCGCAACUUCUUCCGCGGCAAGCCCAAGACGCCCUUCCCCACCAUCUGGGCGCUGGACGGCGAGCUGAAGGUGUGGGGCCUGGCGUUCCGCGUGGGCGUCGUGGUGAUCACGAUCCUCAUGGCAUGCUUCAUUCCACAUUUCCAAAUUCUCAUGGGCUUCAUUGGCAGCUUCACCGGGACCAUGUUGAGCUUCAUUUGGCCAUGCUACUUCCACCUGAAACUCAAGGGUCACCUGCUGGACCAGCGCGCCAUCGCGUACGACUACUUCAUCAUCUCCCUCGGUGUUCUGUUCACCGUGAUUGGCAUCUACGAUUCCGGCAAUGCCCUCAUUGAAGCCUUCGAGAUCGGCCUGCCCUUCUAAGGCGCGCGCGCAUCAUCCCAUGGGCGAGAGCACUACCCAAUCUCACCGAUUCCAUAUCAAUUUCUAAAGAGCAUAUUUACAAUGAUAUCCAUGUCUUCCAGUUGUUGGUGUUUCAUUUUCUCUAGGUGGUGUGUAAAAGCAUAAAACAUACUCUGUGGCUUGGCUUCCGAUCAUUUCCACAAUCUCUACUCCUUUUCCGUUGUCUCCACUCCUGUGUGUGUGUGUGGAGGGAGUUUUGUCCUUAGACUAGUGAUCCAGAUUGAUAGCGUAAAGAGUUAAGUCGGGAGCUUUUCUCAACAUUCCAUUGAGGCAUUGUUGAGCGAGAAGUGAAGGAGAGACAAACAUAUGAAAUUACUCCAAUGAUGAUGACAAUAAAAAUAUACUGUAAAAUAAGAAUAUUCAAAAGGCAAAAGCAAGAGAAAAAAAUAAUCAAAGUCUUCCAAGAAUCGUGCAAAAGAUGUUCAAUUAUUAUAUAUACAAGAGAUUGAUGAAAUUGAUUGAUUGAUGAAAAUAUAUCACAUAUUAUUACUAUAAUGUUACACUUUAUUAUCAUUGAACAAUGUAUGAUAUUAAUGCUGAUUGAAUUAUUGUAAGGGAGUUUCCUUCAAAUCAAGAUUAAUUGUUGAACAAGAUGAAAUGUGAAAUUAUUGAUAACAAAAAAAAGUAGUUAGUUAUUGUUUAUGACGUAAGAAAGCACCGUCACGAUGGUGAAUAAUGGCAAAUAAAUACCAAGAAAUAAUAUAUUAGAUCCGCAAGAUCAUAAAACUAUAGAGAUGUAAAGUUACCUCUUUUCCAAAAUUGGAUGUAAAGCUGAAUUGUAGGCUUUUCAUUUAUUCGUUUUUAAAGAGAGAUUUUUUAGUGAUAUUUCCGAGAGAAAGAAUGAAAUGAGAAAACCCAUGUCAUCCAAGGUAGAAAAAUUGAGUGAUUAACAGGAAAAAUGUAAUUUGAUUUACACUAAAGUUGAAAAAUCUAUGUAUAAAAAGAUGAAAACUUUUAAUGGUAUAUUUCGUGUAUGUAAUAAAAUACAUUUGAAGUGCAGACAAUACAAGUAAUAACAUGCAAAGAAUUAUAUAUAUAUAUAUGAAUAAAUGUCUAAAGAGAUAUAAUAAUAAAAUUAUAGAAGUGCCAAGA